AAGUCAUGUGACGAAACCCGGAAGUACUUGUCCUCUCCUUUCAGUAACUCUACACUGCGCAGAACCGCGUUAAAUCAUUUCCUCCUUUAUUUUUGCAUUUUCUGUAUUAAAGUGAAGAUGCAGAGUUAUGACCAGGCGUCCAGACCCGGAGAAUUAACCGACAGCAGAGGGAAUGAUGGAUCGUUAUUAUCCGUCCUGAAGACGUUGCUGUUCUUCACCAUCCUGAUGGUCACGCUCCCCAUCGGCCUCUACUUCGCUUCCAAAAAAUACUUUUUCGAAGGGUCUCUGGGAUACUCGAGCAGCGACAGCUACUUCUACGCCGCCAUCUUGGCCGUGGUGGCCGUGCACGUGGUCCUGGCGCUGUUCGUUUACGUGGCCUGGAAUGAGGGACCGCGGCAGACGAGGGAAGGAAAGCAGGACUGAGGGAGAGGAAAUCGGAUUAGGACAGGUAGAGAGAGAGAGAAAGAGGUUUAAGAAGAAAAUGAGAGAGAGAGAGAGAGAGAGAGACGGAUGAAACACACAGGAGAGAUGUGAUGCAGUGAUAAGACGUGUUCUGUACACAAGGUGAGCUCAGAGGUCACCACGGGCCUGGUGAGUGUGUGUGUGGUAGAACGUUUAAAGGGUUCCUCUGGUGAAAGCCUUGAGGUUCCCAGUAGAACUUAGAUUAGAACCGGCUUCAAAAGGUAAAUUGUCCAGUGAAUUCCUGUCUUUUUUUUUACCCUCAUGGGUGACACAUACAAACCUGCUGAAGCUUCCUCCAGAGGAACCAGCUGAGAAUCCGUUAAUGUUUCUAACCCUGCUUCAGAGUGUGUGUGAGGAACCUUCUCAUUUCUCAACACGAAAUAUCAAACACACAGGUUUCUCCUCCGGAACCUUCUGGAACGACGGUGUGUGUGAUGCUGAAGUGUUCAGUGGAAAUAAACCUCGCAGUAACACACCUGA